AUGGCGGUUUCUCAGCGUCGCCCGGUGACCACCGUCCUCACACAGGAAAAAGAGGAAGAGAUCAAGACGCCAGCAGGAGGAUCAGGGGUUAUCAAGACAGUCGAAGAGAGCUGGACAACCACCGUCCACUGGGACGAUCUACCACACUGGCUGCAGGAUAACCACCACAUUCACACUGGCUACCGGCCAGCAUCAGCUUCGUUUGUGAGAAGCUUCCAUUCUCUUACUUAUAUCCACAAUGAAACUGUCAACAUAUACACACACCUGCUCCCGGCGCUCUUCACCAUCCCUAUAUCCAUCGCCCUAUACCAAACCAUCUCGCCACGGUAUCACUCGGCAACGGCGGGAGAUAUAAUUGCAUUCAGCUGUUUCUUCGCUGGCGCAGCAUUUUGUCUCGGGAUGAGUGCCACAUACCACACGAUAUCAAACCACUCGCCCUGGGUUGCCUACAUUGGCAAUGCAUGCGACUACCUCGGAAUAGUAGGUUUGAUCACUGGCAGCUUCAUUCCAAGCGUCUACUAUGGGUUUUACUGUAUGCCAGACCUUCAGAGGCUGUACUGGGGCAUGAUUGUGCUCCUGGGAGCAGGAUGCUCUGUUGUGGCGACGGUUCCUCGUUUCCGGACGCCAGCGCUGAGACCGUUCCGGGCAGCUAUGUUUGUGGCCUUGGGUCUUUCUGCGAUAUUCCCUGUUACCCACGGUGUGAUUGCGUUCGGGUUCGACCAGGCGCGCCAACAGAUCGGGCUGGACUGGCUGAUUACGCAGGGAGCUCUUUAUAUCAUUGGCGCAUUGAUAUAUGCUGCGAGAGUCCCCGAACGGUUGCACCCAGGGAAAUACGACCUUCUUGGCCAUUCGCAUCAGAUUUUCCAUGUCCUUGUUGUCCUUGCAGCGGGCUCCCAUCUGACUGGCCUCCUCAAGGCGUUUGACUACCGACAUAGUGGUGUUGCUGCCGCGUGCUAA